AUGGCACAAAAUCUUCGCUCCCGCCAUGCCACCCGACUAGCCGCUUCGGCCCAAAAUGGUCCUCGCUCUAAACUCGCUGGUCCCGAUGAGAAUGCGAACCGAUUUGCUGGAAACAACGGUGGGAAAUCUGUACUAGGAGCACAAAACACCGGCGCUCAACGCCGAGUCGCUCUCAACGACCUUUCAAACAACGCAAAGAAAGUCAACACAGGAAAGGCAGCUGCCGUGGGAAAAGUUGCAAUUUCCGUUCAGCCCGCUCCUCAGCGAGUUCCAUUGCAACAGAAGGGCUCUCGUCAAGUCGGUGUCCCCGCCAAUACCAGUGCCCCUGUCCUUGCCCAGCGUACUACCCGUUCCGCAUCCCACAACGAGAAUGAGCGCCCAGCCAUCGCUCCCCUCCCGAAACGCGGGCCGCUUCGGAAGGCUCAGACCGAGGUUGUUGCGCCAGCGCCAGUCGACUAUGAGAUGGACAUUGAACAACCGAUUACUGUUGAGACUGAAAUUGAAGUCACUCCUAUUGAAAGUGUUCCCUCGCCUGUUGCUGAGGAAGCGUAUGAUGAAGAGGAUUCCAUGGAGGCCGAUGAAUAUGACCCCGAAGACUGGUUGUAUCUUAGCCCUGAAAAGUUGGCUCGCUCUGAAGCCCAAGUUAACACUGUUCGCGACACGUUCAAGGAUGAAGUUGAUGAAUGGGAUACCACCAUGGUUUCCGAAUACGCUGACGAAAUAUUUGCGUAUAUGGAAUCUAUGGAGGCACAAUGCAUGCCAAACCCCGACUACAUCUCCGGCCAAACGGAAAUCGAAUGGUCGAUGCGCACUACUCUGGUCGACUGGUUGAUGCAAGUUCACAUGCGUUAUCACAUGUUGCCUGAGACUCUCUGGAUUGCGAUCAACGUUGUCGAUCGUUUCUUAUCUAAGCGAGUGGUUUCUCUCGUCAAGCUUCAACUCGUUGGUGUCACCGCAAUGUUCAUUGCUGCCAAAUACGAGGAAAUUCUUGCUCCUUCCGUCGACGAGUUUGUCUUCAUGACUGAGCGCGGCUAUGAGCGCGAUGAGAUUCUCAAGGGCGAACGGAUCAUCCUGUCUACUCUCGACUUUAACAUCUCCAGUUACUGCUCACCCUACUCCUGGUGCCGUCGUAUUAGCAAGGCCGACGAUUAUGAUAUUCAAACGCGUACCUUGAGCAAGUUCUUAAUGGAAAUGACUCUCUUGGAUCAUCGCUUCUUGCGUGCCAGACCCAGCCUGAUCGCUGCCAUCGGCAUGUACUCUGCACGCAAGAUGCUCGGAGGCGACUGGAGCGAGGCCUUUGUAUUCUAUUCUGGUUUCGCUGAAGACCAACUUCGCGCCGGGCAUGAGCUCAUCCUUGAACGUCUCACCGACCCUGCUUUUGAAUCCCUCUAUGUCUGCCGCAAGUACGCAAACAAAAAGUUCCUUAAGGCCAGCGUUUAUGCGCGCGAUUGGGCGAAAGCCAACUAUCAACCGGAAUCUGAACCCGAAAUAGCCUCUGCUUGA